UUAGUGGGCGAUUUGGUCGGCCGAUUUUCGGUAUUUUGGCCGUUUUUUUUUCCGGUAAAGUUGGAAAAAAAAUCGGCCGAUUUUGCCGAUCGGCCGAUUUUCGCGGCAAUUAGUGGGCGAAUCGGCCGAUUUUUUACCGAUAAAAAAUCUGCGCAUGGGCAGUGACCUGCAAGAGGAAGACAAAAAGAAGAAAAAGAAGAAGAGGAAGAGGAUGAAGAAGAGGAUGAAGAAGAAGAGGAUGAGGAUGAAGAAGAAGAGGAAGAGGAUGAGGAUGAAGAAGAAGAAGAGGAUGAGGAUGAAGAAGAAGAAGAGGAUGAGGAUGAAGAAGAAGAGG